UGCAUUAUUGAUGGUACCGAAAUUUAUAUUGAACAACCAAAACAUCCCGAGGCUAAGCAGCUUACAUUUUCGAUUUACAAGAAUCACAACACCCUUAAGUACCUCAUUGGAAUCAGUGGUGAUGGUGCAAUAAACUUUGUCUCCACUUUAGAAGGUGGGUCAAUUUCAGACAGGGAUCUGAUCUGACAGUGAAAUCUGGCCUACUUGGCAAGGACUGGGCUAAGGGUGACAUGAUAAUGGCAGAUCGUGGGUUUGAAAUACAGGAUGAUAUUGCACCAAUGGGUGUUGAAAAAGUUGAACAUUCUCCCUUUCCUAAAGGGAAAACGCCAAUUUGA